AAAACCAAAUCAGAUAUUUGAACUAAAGCGAAAAAAACCACAAAAACAGUAGCAACAAAUUGUUGUAUCGUAUAUUAUUUUGGCAAUUUUCUAGCAAUUUAACGAGCGCGACAGCUGUCACUUUAACUCAAUUAACGAUCAGCGAACAACGAAAACAAAUUCCCCCUCUACCCCACGUCCCCUAUCCCCCCUCGCCCUCACAAUUGUAACGCUCGCGUUGUGUUGUUGUGCUUUUUGCCAACGUCUACGCAGAUGUUUUAAAAGUCCUGCCGCACAGGCUGUAAAUCGAGCAAGGACUGUUUGCCUUUGAAACGGCUAGCCCGGUGCUAACUGAAAGUUUUUUAUUGUGCAAAUCAAAGUUGAAAAAGUCGAAAGCUAAAAAGGGCGACAACACAGGCAACAGAGGCACAGACACAAGCGCUUGUGGUUGCCUUUCAGGGAAAAUUCAGGUACAAGAAGAAGAAGAUAACGGGCCCCUGCGCACCGGUACGCAUAAUACGCACACUCAACAUGGCCGGCAGCAUCGAGCAGCGCCCCUGGACGCCCACAGUGCGCACGGGCCGCAUUGCGGCGGAGACGACCAAUCCGGGUCCGGCAAUUGUCCAGCUGCCCACGUUAAUUGGCAGCAAGGUGCCGGACUCGAAGAAGAAGGGCGCACCCUCGUAUUCGUUUGGCCACAAACUGAUCAACAGGGAUGAGACGACGGGUCCUGGCCCGGCACAGUACAAUGUGGCCGGGAUGCGACCGAAGGGCAAGGAUCAUGCACGCGCCGCCACACUGCAAAGUCGUCCCAAGGAGUUGACCAGCUUUGUCAAUCCCGGACCCGGUGAAUACGACGUGUUGCCGGCCUCCAAGGCUGUCAUCGAUGCCACGCCCAAAUACACUUUCGGCAGGAAGCCGGCCAGCGCCAAGUACCAGCUGAUACCGGGUCCCAACCAUUAUCAAGUGGUGCCGCUUGAUGUCAUUAAGCCGCGUGCGCCUCGUUAUUCCUUUCGCAUUAAGGUUAACGUUUAUCUAGUUAACAAUCCAGCGCCAAAUAGCUAUUGUCCUGAAAAGUACACGCAAUCAAGAAAGAAUUCGCCACGUUUCACAUUUGGUAGACGAACUAAAAUCCAACACGAUCAGCAUACACCAGCUCCUGGCGCCUAUUCUCCCGAGAAGGUCAACCCCAGCAAGACGCCGGAGUUUAGUUUCGGCAUCAAACAUCAUGAGCUGCGGCCUGACUAUACGCCAGCACCUGGCUCCUACAAGCCCGAGCAAGUAGUUCUAGAGCACACGCCCGCUUAUAGUUUUGGCCUAAAGACGCAGCACACACAGCACAAUGACUCGCCAGCACCUGGCACAUACAGUCCCGAAAAGUCCAAGCUGCACACGACACCCGCUUUUAGCAUUGCCGGCAAGUCUAAUCACGAUGUUGUUGAUGCCACGCCAGCGCCCGGCGCAUACGAGCCAGAGAAAUGUAUUUUGAACAAAACACCUGCCUUCAGUUUUGGGCAUCGUGUACAGGCGACCAAGUCGCAAGAUACACCUGCACCUGGCACCUAUCAGCCGGAGAAGAUGCGCUUGGAUAGUGGACCCGCCUACACGCUAUCCGGCCGACAUGAACUGAAAUCCGUAAGUCUGACGCCGGCGCCCGGCUCGUAUGCUCCGGAGAAAUAUCGCAGCGAUCACACGCCAGCGUUCAGCUUCGCUGGUAAGCAUGAGCAUCGCAUUGAUAGCUCCACCCCGGCACCAGGCGACUACAGUCCCGAAAAAGUACGGCACGAUCACAAUCCUGCUUACUCAUUUGCCGGACGCCAUGACAUACUCAAGACGAGCGACACUCCCGCACCAGGCGCCUAUGAGACCGAAAAGGUGCGACUAGACCACAAUCCCGCCUUCUCCUUUGCCGGCCGCCAUGAUCUUCAGAAGCCAAGCGAUACCCCAGCUCCCGGAGCAUACUCUCCCGAGAAAGUUCGCCAUGAUCACAAUCCCGCAUUCACUAUGGCUGGCAAGCAUGAAGUAAAACUAACAAAUGGCACGCCAGCUCCUGGAGAUUACUCUCCUGAGAAGACCCGACUCGAUCAUACUCCUGCUUAUACCUUUGGUGGCAAGAAUGAUCCCAAGGUGGAAAACCAUACCCCUGCUCCCGGUGACUAUCACCCUGAGAAGGUCAGACAAGACCACAAUCCCGCCUUUUCCUUUGCUGGUCGUCACGAUCUUCAGAAGCCAUCCGAUACCCCAGCUCCUGGAGCUUAUUCCCCUGAGAAAGUUCGUCAAGAUCAUAAUCCCGCAUUCUCUAUGGCCGGAAAGCACAACCAGAAGAUCUCCAAUGAUACACCAGCUCCUGGAGAUUAUUCUCCCGAGAAGAGCCGGUUGGAUCACACACCCGCCUAUACUUUUGGUAGCAAGAAUGAUCCUAAGAUAGAGAGCCAUACGCCUGCUCCCGGUGACUACCACCCUGAGAAGGUCAGACAAGACCACAAUCCCGCCUUUUCCUUUGCUGGUCGUCACGAUCUUCAGAAGCCAUCCGAUACACCAGCUCCUGGAGCUUAUUCCCCUGAGAAAGUUCGACAAGAUCACAAUCCCGCAUUCUCCAUGGCCGGAAAGCACGAGGUGAAGAUUACAAAUGGCACACCAGCCCCUGGAGACUACUGUCCCGAAAAGGUUCGUUUGGAUCAUACACCUUCUUAUACUUUUGGGGGAAAGCAUAACCCUAAAAUAGAGAGCCACACGCCUGCCCCGGGUGACUACCACCCAGAGAAAGUCAGACAAGACCACAAUCCAGCCUUUUCGUUCGCUGGCCGCUAUGAUCUUCAGAAGCCCAGCGACACUCCAGCUCCAGGCGCAUAUGCCCCUGAAAAGGUGAGACAAGAUCACAAUCCCGCAUUCUCAAUGGCUGGAAAACACAACCCUAAGAAUACAAACGACACUCCAGCGCCCGGAGAUUAUUGUCCCGAGAAGGUUCGUUUGGAUCACACACCCGCUUACACUUUUGGUGGAAGAAAUGAUCCCAAAGUAGAAAAUCAUACGCCUGCUCCAGGAGAUUACCAUCCAGAAAAGGUCAGACAGGAUCACAAUCCCGCUUUCUCCUUUGCUGGUCGUCAUGACCUUCAGAAGCCAAGCGAUACCCCAGCUCCCGGAGCAUACUCUCCUGAGAAAGUUCGCCAUGAUCACAAUCCCGCAUUCACUAUGGCUGGCAAGCAUGAGGUUAAAAUAACAAAUGGCACACCAGCUCCUGGGGAUUACUCUCCUGAGAAGUCCCGACUCGAUCAUGCUCCUGCUUAUACCUUUGGUGGCAAGAAUGAUUCCAAGGUGGAAAACCAUACCCCUGCUCCUGGUGAUUAUCACCCUGAGAAGGUCAGACAAGACCACAAUCCCUCCUUUUCCUUUGCUGGUCGUCAUGAUCUUCAGAAGCCAAGCGAAACUCCAGCUCCCGGAGCUUACUCCCCUGAAAAAGUCCGUCAGGAUCACAAUCCCGCAUUCUCUAUGGCUGGAAAACACGAUCCAAAGAUUUCAAAUGGUACGCCAGCUCCUGGUGAUUAUUCUCCCGAGAAGACCCGAUUGGAUCACACACCCUCCUUUUCCUUUGCUGGUCGUCAUGAUCUUCAGAAGCCAAGCGAUACCCCAGCUCCUGGAGCUUACUCCCCUGAAAAAGUCCGACAGGAUCACAAUCCCGCAUUCACUAUGGCUGGCAAGCAUGAGGUUAAGAUCACAAAUGGCACACCGGCUCCUGGGGACUACUCUCCUGAGAAGUCCCGAUUGGAUCACAUACCCGCCUACACCUUUGGGGGAAGGAAUGAUCCUAAGGUGGAGAAUCAUUCGCCCGCUCCUGGUGAUUAUCACCCUGAGAAGGUCAGACUAGAUCACAUUCCCGCCUUUUCAUUUGCCGGGCGUCACGAUCUUCAUAAGCCAAGCGAAACUCCAGCUCCCGGAGCUUACUCCCCUGAAAAAGUCCGUCAGGAUCACAAUCCCGCAUUCACUAUGGCUGGCAAGCAUGAGGUUAAGAUCACAAAUGGCACGCCGGCACCCGGAGACUACUCGCCCGAGAAGACACGACUGGAUCAUGCACCCGCUUACACAUUUGGUGGCAAAUACGACCCCAAGGUGGAGAACCAUCAUCCAGCGCCGUGCGACUAUGCGCCCGAGAAAUUCCGGCUUGACCAUACACCCGCCUACACAAUUACAGGUCGCUCGACCAUCGAGCAUGUGAGCCAUACCCCGGCGCCCUGCGACUACAGGCCGGAGAACUGUCAGCUGGAUGCCUCGCCAGGCUUCACCUUUGGCAUGAAGCUGAAACGGGAGCAUGUCAGUGAUACACCAGCACCCACUGCAUACGAACCGGAAAAGCACACCCAACACCCAACUCCAGCCUACACAUUCGGCACUCGAACUGAGAUCAAGGUCUCCAGCGAUGCACCCGCUCCCGGACACUAUCAUCCGGAGCAAUGCAAUCUGGAUAGCUCGCCGGCAUAUAGUUUCGGCCUCAAGACCUUACCAAUGCCGCCCAUACCAGAGCCAAGAGGCGCUUACAUUGAAGAUCGCAUAUUGCAAAGACGUGAAAGACGUUUGGCUAGUCCCGUACGCAACGCUGUCGACGGCAACAGCUCCUCGACGACAACGACGACGACGACGACAACAACAACCACCACUGAGAAGCAUCUUGUGAAUGGUGCUCCGCUGCCCGAGCUGGGCAGUCAGGAGCAGGCGACAACAAGCACGACCAGGCGCAGCACCAAUCGCACCGAGCUUGCACCCACAACAACCACAACAAAAACAACAAAAGUAGUGAGCACCGCUUUAGGCAACGAUCAGUCCAAGUUGAGUCACAGCACAGUGCACCACUCGGCACAGGUACAGUCACAGGCCAGGUGCGACAAUCUGCAGGUAAUUGCCGCCGGUCGAGCGGAGGCGAGCACCACCAAAGCGGCGCAGGCGAGCACGCGCCAGGUGGUGCAGCCGGAUGGCGCGAUUGUGAGCAGCGGCCAGGCGAUCAGGUCGAGUACCAUCAAGUACGCUGUGGAGGCGAGCAGCGUGCAGGAGAAGAUCAUCAGCUCCUAAUGUCUACAAGAUACCCACUGUCUUGGGCAGCAGCAAGGAGGGUCCGAUACGUUCAGCGCCCGCUUUUACCAUGACC